AUGCGUCUCCCCAGGCAGAUGUUCUCCUGGUACUAUCUGGUUGGAGCAUCUGCCGCCUCAGUCCUGCUGUUUUGGGUCUUGUUCUCAUCCAUACUCCCCUUCAGUGAUAAACUAGCCGCAUUGCCCCCAUUGGCUCGGUCGGCCACGGACCUGUCUUAUUUUUUUGUAUUCGGUGAUUCUUAUUCCACCACCGACUUCAACUUCUUCCUGGCCCAACCUUCCGUUAAGAACCCGCUGGGCAACCCCCAGAUUGGACAUGGCACAUCCUCCGGAGGCCUCAACUGGGUUGGCUACCUUACUACCCAGAUGAAUUCCAGCCUCAUCCUAACCUAUGAUUUCGCAACCCCGAAUGCGUUCGUCAACAAUUCCUUAAUCGGCGCCGGCAAUGCCCCGAUGAUGGACCUGACCAACCAGGUGAAACUGGCGUUCGAAAAUAUCUACGCGAACUCGACUCCGUGGAGGAGUCAUAACAGCCUGUUUGCUUUUUGGGUCGGAAUCAAUGACAUCGGAAAUACAUGGCUACGGGAGGAUCCGUACAACGAUUCCUUCACCAUCAUCAGUCACUAUUUUGAGGCCGUCGAAGAUAUUUACCGCGAUGGCGGCCGACACUUCCUGUUCCUUUCCGUCCCUCCUACCACCAGAAGUCCAAUGAUUAUUGACUUGCUUGGGGCGCCAGAGCUCAUUACAUCAUACAUCAAAAUCUACAAUGGGCAGCUGUCUCGAAGCAUUGAGGAGUUCAAAGGAAACCAUUCAGACGUGGGUAUAAUGGCUGGCCGCAACAUCAAGCAUUCUUACUAAUGGAUCUGAAAAUUGCAAGGUUACUGUCAUUGAAUACGAUGCCUACAGCCUCAUGAGCCAGAUUCUGGACCGCCCUACCUACUAUGGCUUCCGGGAUAAUACUUGUGUGGGCUCGGACGGCUGUUUCUGGCAUGAUGGGUACCACCCUUCGGUUGAGUUUCACAGAUUGCUUGCUGAGGAUCUGGCACCUAAGCUCCAGGCAUUGGGAACAGGUUGGCGGUAGACCACUAAUGAAUAUGAUACGUGCACGUAAUUUACACCUAGAAUAUACGGACCUGUGAAAUCGACGCCGAAAAUGACAGCCCCUGGCGCCAGAAACGGCCGCCUUUCCACCCGUAACUUCCACCAGCAGGCCGCCGCUCGACCGCCCCAUCAAUCUCAACCACCUAUUCUGCACCCGCCAAGCCCUGUUAGCAUCAUCCUGGCUUGAUCCUCAUGCUGGACCUCAACAAGUUCUCCUCAUUUCCACUCACGACCACAACGACGCCAAAAAUGGCUCCCCUUUACAGCAAGCAGGCCACUCUUCGCCUAGCACGGUCGCACAUUUAUAAGAUGCUUCUUGUCCCUCCUCUCGGUGCCCUCCCACCAUCACCGUCUCUCUCUUUGUCGUUCUCCAACCCCCAAGGUUGACCACAGAGUGAUUAUUCCCUAGAUCAUAGAUUUCCGAAUCCUGCUAUUUUUUUUUUUUUUUUUUUUUUUUGAACUGGCCACGCUCGUGGCACCUGCGCCUGUCCCCCCUGCUCGGCCCGAUGAGCACCAGUAUUGGACAGAUGCCAUUCUCUGGGAGGAAACCCGAGCCAGACUGGAACACUUUCGAAGUCUGGGAUGGCUCCCUCCCAAUUUUAAGCCGAAGACAUUGGAAGGCAUCGCUGUUGAGCGUCACUGGCGCAAGUUCUGCAUUCAAUCGGAAGAAGACUACGUUGAAUAUCUACUCUGGGAGGAUCAGACGAUUUACAUGAACUUCUUUGACUGGAUGGCCCCGUGUUUGACCGAAUAUCAAUAUUAAUUACUUCAAGUUAGAGAGCAUCUUGAAAGCAAGGCACAUCAAGGUCGAAG